UCAAAUGGCGCCCAACAGAAAUCCCCAAUCCCAUUAUUAAUUUUAAAAAAUGAAGAAGAAUACAACAUGAAAAGACUUUACCUGGAGAAGGAGUCCUUUCAUCUCUCAUAAAACAUUUUUAUCCAAUCCAAAAAAAAAAAAAAAAAAUCCACCGGGAGAACAAGCCGGUGUCGUUUUUGCAGGAAAACCAUCGCCACCACAACCUUCUUCAAUAAAGAAAUACUAAUCUCAAAUCAGAUCGGCAUGCUGAACCAGAAAGGUUGUGCUAGAAACCUCCUGCAAAAAAUCUUCUUCUUCUCUUGUCAAAUUUCGCUUCAUUCUCUCUCCAACUGCCGGAAUCUUUCCCGCGUAUUCAUCCAAAGACGUGCUUAUGUAGAUGUCUACAUGGACUGGAAGAAAGACACAUAUUUUGAAUCAAUUGAAUCCAUCCACAGAUCAAUUGAACUCAAGCCCAUCAUUGCCUUGAAAAACUGCAUGGUCUCAGCCUCACCACAGGACUACUGCAUCCCCAUCUCUGCCUUCUCAAAGAGAGGUCUAGAAUUGGGGAUACCAUUUAAGGUGGCUAGGUUCUUGAGAAAAUACCCAUCUUUUUUUGAGGAGUUUGAAGGUCCUAAAUAUAAUUUACCAUGGUUUAAACUGACCCCUACAGCUAUUCAGAUUGAUAAAGAGGAGAGAGAGGUUUAUGAAGAACAUAAAAAUGAUAUAGUUGAUAGGUUAAAGAAGUUGAUUGUAAUGAGUGUUGGAGAGCGAAAAGUGUUGCCUUUGAAGGUAAUUCAAGGUUUGCAAUGGUACUUGGGGCUGCCAGAUGAGUUCUUAAGGCACCCGGAAAGAAAUCUUGAUGGGCACUUCAGGAUUGUUGAAAUGGGAGAUGGGUUGAAGGGACUUGCUGUUGGGAGCAAUGGUAAUGAUGGAGUAAUGAUGUCAAUACUACAACAGAAUGCAAUGAAGAAAGGAGUCUAUGCUGGUGGUGAAAGGGAGGCAAUUGCAUUUCCAUUAUUUCCAUCAAAGGGUUUGAGGCUGAAGAGGAAGAUUUCUGAUUGGAUGAAUGAGUUUCAGAGGCUUCCAUAUGUUUCACCAUAUGAGGAUUCCUCUGACUUGAAAAUGGAUAGUGAUUUGUCUGAGAAGCGGGUAGUUGGUAUUCUUCAUGAGCUGCUUGGUCUCUUUGUUGAGCAUGCUGCUGAGAGGAAAAGGCUUUUGUGUUUAAGGAAGUGCUUGGGGUUGCCACAGAAAGUUCACAAGGCGUUUGAGAGGCAUCCUCAUAUGUUUUAUCUAUCUUUAAGGAACAAGACGUGCACUGUUAUCCUUAAAGAAGCUUAUCGUGAAAAGUCGGCUAUUGAGGCCCAUCCAAUUGCGAAUGUGAGGAAGAAGUAUAUUAAUCUGAUGAAGGAAUCAGAGAUUAUACAGAAGAAGAGGAGAGUGAAUAACAGAGCUACUAAAAAUGAAGCUAAUGUGAAUAUGAAGGACUUGGAUUGUAUGGACGACGACACGGCUGAAGUAAUAAAUCAAGUAUCUUAACUGAUGUAUAAUGGUUUAUAGAAUCUGGAUUUGGUGAACUGGUCCACUUGCUAUUUCAUACUACUACUACUCAUUACAGUGUUGUUUGAGGUAGAACUGGCACUAUUGCACUCAGAAUGUAGUGGCUACGUUCACCUCCAACUCGCCUCAUGAGUUAGGUUCUUCCUGGGCUUGUGCAGAACAUGAGCGACCAUCUUAUUUGAAAAGACAAAAGAGAGAAGCAGAGAAGAGGUUUGACGUAAACUAGGUGGGGCUCCUAACAAAUCCCCCACCAUCUCAGGUGGUUGUAUAAUAGUUAAAAAAAAAGGCCCUAUUUUGUAGCUUGGAUACAAUGAAUGUUAACAGUGUGUGCUGUCUUUGAUAUACAGGUUCUGCUUGGAUUAGUAGAGAACAUGAGUAACCAUUUUGAAUGAGAUCUUUGCAGCUCCCCAGUGUAAUUUGGAUAGUAGAGUCCAAUCUUUGUUUUUGUGGUUUUCUGCACAGGUUACAAUCACAAUGCAGAAACUCUAGCCUGCAUCCAUGGGACCACCUUAAUCUACAAUUCCUAAUACUUAGUAGGUGCAUUUUUCAAGUUGUCAUGUUCACAUUGUAGAUUGUAAAUGGAUUCAAUAAGGUAUUAUAAUGAAAUGUAGAAUUAAAAUUUGUGUUUA